AUGGCAGUCCUCAGGGAAAGGGCUGUUCAUGCUCACUUGAUCCAACCAAUCCUCAAAGCGUAUGGCUUGGGAUACCUAGCCUUGGCAACACCAAGGUUACUUGGUUUCGUUCCUUUACUUGCUAGCAAAAACGCUACUUUCCGUGCAAAGCUUCAAAAGCUAUAUCGUAUUCUACGAGAUGGUUUCGGAUUAAACAAAUUUUCAACAUUCUGCGCUGUAUUAGUCGGUGGUUCGACGUGGUUACCUUUUCUGUUCUUUCGAUACGUCGCACGCUCCCCACACCGCGCCUCCUCCGAGACCCUUGUCCGAAUCGUCCGGUUUGUUUCGUCCUGUCUUUCAGGAUGGGUUGCUUUCAAUCUUUUGAACCAAAAGAGUGAGGAUCGGGGAGGGAUCAGAAAUAAUGCUCUGGACAAACAAUCCAAGAAGGAGUGUCUGUCGGAUGACAUUCAAACAAAAGAAUAUCGCCCAGACCUUGUUGGGAGAUCGCUCGACCUUACACUCUUUGCAUUCACGCGAGCCGCCCGCGUGAUAGCGUCCCUAGCUUGGACUGAAUGGGAGAGGAGACAAAAGAGUAAGGGAAGAUGGUCGCGAGUGGAAGCCAUUGCCCCCCGACUGGCGGAUGCUGGCCUCUUUGCCGGAAGUGCUGCGAUAGUAAUGUGGGCGUGGUUUUAUGCGCCGGAGAGAUUGCCGCGGUCCUACGGGAAAUGGAUCGGAGAGGCAGCCCAAGUGGACGGACGUCUCAUUGAGGCCUUGCGACGAGCGAGACGAGGCCAACUUGUCUAUGGCAAGGAUACAGGCCAAGCACGACUGCUUGAAUCCAUGUGUGAAGAUUACGGUUGGCCCAUCAAAUGGGGUGAUCCCGCAGUCACCGCGCCAAUUCCAUGUGAAAUGGUGCAUAUGGGAUGUGGUCCCAAUUGUGAAUGGCACGCCAUGUCUCGGUUUAUGCGAUCAUUCAAGUUCGCUAUGUUUACGAAUCUGCCACUCCAAUUGCUUCUCAGAGUGCGUGCUAAAAAGCCAGCGGCCGCAUUCCAUCGAGCUGUCAAGGACGCAACACGAUCGUCAACGUUUUUAGCAUUGUUCAUUAGCAUGUUCUACUACGGAGUAUGUCUCUCAAGGACAAGAAUAGGCCCGAAGAUAUUCAGCUCCCAGACUGUGACGCCUUUGAUGUGGGAUUCUGGUCUCUGUGUGGGCGCUGGCUGUUUUAUGUGUGGCUGGAGUAUAUUGGCGGAAACCGCGCCACGAAGACAGGAAAUUGCUCUUUUCGUAGCUCCAAGAGCAGCAGCGGCAAUCCUGCCUCGACGAUAUGAACGAAAGUACCUGGAGAGGGAACAAAUGGCAUUUACUUUGAGUGCUGCGGUGCUUUUGACUUGUGCUCAAGAACGCCCCGACCUCAUUCGUGGAGUUUUUGGCAAACUUCUUUCGGCGGUCUUUGUAUGA